GCUUUAGUAAUACAUUGUCAAAAUGGGAGUUAAGUUGUUUGAGUUGCUCGUGUUAAUAGUGGUCCUGGGUGUAGUGAAAGCCGCUGUUGUAAUAAAUUUAUUUGAAGAGGAUAACGAAAACACCUUGGAGGGCGGUUGCAACAACCGAGCAUGCAACCAGCUGUGUCGGCGACUCGGCUUCACAGGGGGCGUCUGUGUCGGCGACAAGUGCAAGUGCGACAAUUUUUCUCCACUAAUAGAUAACGAAUACACCUUGGAAGGCGGUUGCAACAACCGAGCAUGCGACCAGCUGUGUCGGCGACUCGGCUUCACAGGGGGCGUCUGUGUCGGCGACAGGUGCAAGUGCGACAACUUUUCUCCACUAAUAGAUAACAAUUAUACCUUGGAGGGUGGUUGCAACAACCGAGCAUGCGACCAGCUGUGUAGGCGACUCGGUUUCACAGGGGGCGUCUGUGUCGGCGACAGGUGCAAGUGCGACAAAUUUUCUCCACUAAUAGAUGACAAUUAUACCUUGGAGGGUGGUUGCAACAACCGAGCAUGCGACCAGCUGUGUAGGCGACUCGGUUUCACAGGGGGCGUCUGUGUAGGCGACAGGUGCAAGUGCGACAACUUUUCUCCACUAAUAGAUAAUAAUUAUACCUGGGAGGGCGGUUGCAACAACCGAGCAUGCAACGAGCUGUGUCGGCGACUCGGCUUCACAGGGAGCGUCUGUGUCGGCGACAAGUGCAAGUGUGACAAUUUUUCUCCACUAAUAGAUAACGAAUACACCUUGGAAGGCGGUUGCAACAACCGAGCAUGCAACCAGCUGUGUCGGCGACUCGGCUUCACAGGGGGCGUCUGUGUCGGCGACAGGUGCAAGUGCGACAACUUUUCUCCACUAAUAGAUGACAAUUAUACCUUGGAGGGCGGCUGCAACAAUCGAGCAUGCAAUCAGCUGUGUCAACGACUCGGCUUUACAUGGGGCAUCUGUGUCGGCAACAGGUGCAAGUGCGACAAAUUUUCUCCACUAGGUAGGUGA